AUGGCGGGCACCGUAUCAUCAAUAUUACUGCAAUUAUCAAAAAGUUUUAGACUGUCUGUCUUCUGCCCUGCCACUGGAGGGCGCCUCGCAGUCCUGCAUCCGACAUCCACUACUGGCCUCCAGGCUCCUGGAACAACCCCUGGCACCAUGGCUGAGAGACAUGUCCACCAGGCGAGGGUAUACAAACACCCCGACCAUCUGUGGGUCUGGGGUAAGAACACAUACCUGGACGAGAACCAGCGCACCUGGCUGCCCAUCAUUAUUGAGAAUGGCUCGAAACGCCAAGUGCUCGUGCGCCAGGAAGAUGUGGAGAAGGGACAGGCUAUGCGCCCCAGCGAGCUCAGCCCCCACCGGCUGCCCAUGAUGUGGCAGCUGUACCCUAGAAACAGGUACCGGGAUUCAGACUCCAACUUCUGGCGAAUCAUCUACCAUGUGAAGAUUGACCAGCGAGAGGACCUAAUGUUGGAGCAGAUUCCGGAUCCCGAGUAG